UCGUCUCAACCCCCGAUCCAGUCUCAUCCCCGAUCCACUCGUCUCCUCUCACCACGGUGUCCGCCGCUUGCCACAUCGUGGACUGCCGGUUCCUCCCUGCCAAGAGCCCCGCCCCGCCCACCACAGUCCUUCGUAGCCGGAUGUGCCCUGCGCGGGCCCUUCGCUGCCGGAUGUGCGUCGCCAAGAGCUCCGCCCCGCGCCAGCCCUUCCUUGCCGGAUCCCCGUCCAGCGCGGCCAGCCCUCCGUCGCCGGAUCUGCGCCGUCAAGAGCCCCUCUGCACGGGCACCGCAGCCGGAUCCCGGCCCCGCGGCAGUCCUCCCUCGCCUGUUGUGGCCCCGCCUGGAAUGUGUGAUGUGAUCAGUAUCCACUCAUCUAAUCAACUGGAAGGAAUAUUCACAGCCGGUUAUGGCUUCCAUUUGAUGAUCACUCCGAUGCUGAGGCUCUAACUAUUGAGCGCACAAAUGCAUUCCAUGUUUCCCUUUGUAGGAGCAAUCCUUUUACAUGCCUUAUUGGUUGAAAGGUACCAUUUUUCUCUGUUCUGUUAUUCUCUGUAGGAAUCUCAUGAUGAUGAUUGCCUUAGUUGUAAUUCAUGGUACCAGAAUGCUUGAAGAAGCUUUUAUGAUCCCUGUUUUUAGUGGUUCAUAGUAGUUGAUUGUGCUUCAUUUUGUAGUUAAUGACGCUGCACACACAGAUUUAUAUAAUCUAUUUGGGUGUGUGUAAUUUGUUGAAAAGUUUGUUGAACUGAAAAUGGUCAAAUAAAGCAUGCCAGUGCAUGUACAUGUGUUUUAGAAAAAUUGUACUGAACCCCACCUUUCCGUUUUUCAUACCAAUUUUUCAACCUUCCAACUUAACAAAAUAACUUGCAAAAUUUUGUGGCUCAAAAAAAAAAUUACUAGGCCCAUUUUAGAUUUGUAGACCACAUGUGAAAGUAUACUGUUAUGAAAUUUUUGUUGGACAGGAGGGCGGUGGCGUUCGAGCGGACUGUGUCUACUGCGCACACGAGGAGGCGGCGGCGGCGAGUGCGGGCGAGUCAGGUCGUGUGGACGUAGGGAACUUGAUGGCCCUCUGAUUUGUAUUCUCCACCUGUGCCAUUUUGUUAAAACAGAAUUAUGUACGAGAUGUGUAAACAAACUUACCGAGAAUGUUAGAUUUUAUUUCUAUUGCUAGGCCCUCACGUCCAACUGUCAGCUCCCAGUUCUUCUUACUUGUAAUAAGCAAAGGGCUAUGUCGUUCAAUAGUCUCCUUCGUGCAUGAAGGCAUGUUAUCAAACAUUCGUGCAUGAUAAGGGUUGAUCGAUUGACCGU